AUGACAAUCUACAUUCAACCGUUUUUUUGUUUUUCCUUAACCUCGGGUACGAAACUUUUAAUAUCAUUUUUUGUUUUUGGUCUCCAAUCUCUCCAAGACGGACACUCGGACGGCGUUGCCGCUUCGGAGCUAACGCCGGAGGGGCGACAAUAUCGGUGCUCGGCUGCGAUGCAGUUGCUGCAGCCGGCGGAGCCGUUUCCUCCGCGGCGUCCGGUGCGGAGGGGAUUGGAGGGUCCGGCGGUGGGGGAUUGGUUUCGGGCACUUCCGCCAUUGUGGUCACAGUGGCAGUGGCGGAGUGCGCAGGAUAAGGGAGACGGAGAGUUUUCUGGUGCGGUAGGGUGCAAGGGUACAAUUACCUCUAAGAUUUUGCGUCGUUGGAUAGUUAUUAUGCGGUUUUUGUCUCCCUUUGACAUAUCAUCUGUUGUCCCUCUUGUUAUCCCUGCUCUUGUUCCACUUUCAUCUUUUUCUCAAAAUGACCUAGUGGUGCAUCAAGAUGAUCAUGCGGAGCUACCAACCAUAGAGGCCAUGCCAUACUCUUUCUCGGUGACAUCUUUAUUGGAUCUUUGCCUUCCUCUAACAUUGAUUGGCCAACUGCUCUCUGAAAAGAUUAAUGCCUCUUCUUCCGAGGAUGGGCUAAACUUUUAUGAUUCUGGUCAUCGCUUUGAGCAUUCACAACUUUUGUUAGUGCUUUUGCAUUCCCUUCCAUUUGCACCUAGGCCACUACAGAGCAGAGCACUACAGGUGUUUGCUGUUUCAUGUGAUGAAAUCCUCAAUACAGCUCGCUUGUACAUUGAUGUACUUGCUUAG